GGUGAAGUGCCAGUCAGCGAUGGAUGCCGCCACUACUGACCCGUCGGCGAUGUAGUGAUCUGUGACGACCGGCACGACCAGGCCCCUGACACCUUGCGACGAAACUUGUAAGGCACCAAGCUAAAACAAUGCAGCAUCAGGCCUCGACAAAUUGCCAGCGCCAUUCUCGGCCGAGCAGCACCGUCGCUGCCGAGCAGAGAGACAGCCUUGUCAGCUUAUGGCGAGCAGAUCCGACUGCUGAGAUUGUACAGCCAGAGAGUUUAGCUCAGUGCUGCUCUGUCGUCACUCGCUCGCCUUCACGAGUUUCAAAGAGUCCAUCAGGCUCGUCUCGACGAAGGAGACACAAGAGGGUCAGCAGUGAUCUCAUGUCAGGCUUUGCCCACGCAGACCGGCUCGCGCAUGAACAGCAGCAGCAUCGUCUAGCAACGCCGUCUCGACCCUCGCGCGUGUAUGGGCCUUUGUCUCCGGACGGAUCACCCUCUUCGCCUAUCGGAACGAGUAAGAGAGCUGCCAAAGCAAUACAUCGAAAGCCAAUCGUCUAUCCUGACGACAUACCACCCCAGCCAGGCUCGCCACGACCGAGAGAAAGCACCGCAGAGCAAGAAGUCUUGGCAUGGUCUGCCUCGCUCAAAUCUGAUCUUACUGCGUAUUUGCGGGCGGGCGAGCUGAUCUCGGCCAAGAAUUGGGACGACUUGCCAUCCUUGUCGAUAUCACCAGGCCAAAUAGACAAAGCUGGCUCACCAGCACAGCCGUCGACAGUCAAGCAACGCAGAACAAAGGAGCGACCGCGCAAAAUCAAGAUUGGCAAUCCCCAGCCGGAGAGUAUCAAAACGCCAGGCCUCAUCUAUGCGCCUACGCCAGCUUUGAAGGACGAGCUCCCGCUGUUGACGCCUAUCAAGUCAGCUACUUCCUCGCAGGGAAAGCUCCAUAUCGAGCCGAAGCGGAACAGUCGCGCAUCGCCGGGCAGCGAGCUGGAAGGAAGUCCAGUCAUGAUCGAUUUCGAAGAAGCGCGCUGUCUGCCUACAUUGGCCAACUCGCCCACCUCUGCCACGACGAAGAAGUCAAGGAACCCGUUCCGCUCAAGGACUUCGUCGCGCACAACGACCAAACCAGACAAUCUCGUUGCUCUGCUGCCGGUCAGAAUAAACGCCAAACGAUCGAACUCGACCUUAUCACAGGCAUCGAGCAAUGCUUCUCAAUCUGCCAGUAUGACCAUCUCCAGCACAGUGACGAGUAUGAGGAUGAAGCCAAAGAUGUUGACCAAGGCGCUGCUGGCAAUCGACCGCCCUCUCCAGCCCCAGCUACCAGGUGCGAGUCCUAUUGCUCCGCAUUCGCCACAUUUCAGCAAGACGCCCACAAGUCCGAGGCGGUACAGUGAGCCGCCGGAUGUGAUCAUCAACCCGCCUGCAGGACCCGACGUCCCUCCUCGCAAAAGCAGCCGGUCUCGUGUUCAACGGCACUCAUCGCCCACAAAUGCCCAGGACGAUCCCCCUGUCGAGAAAGUUACCACGGGUCAGAAGCAUCGCAGGCUCAACUCCUUUGCGUCCCAACGCGCUCGAGCAGAGUCGCUCAAUCCCAUAGACGAGAGAAAGGCGAAGGAAGUUGCGUUUGCGCAGCCGCUGCCCUUUCCUGGUCGAGCACCUACGCCCUUGGGCGAACGUGAUUCGAACAGAGCCCUCAUCCAGCUCACUGAGUUCCUCGGACUGGACGUUGUGCCCACUGCGACGAAACCUCCGCCAGUACAGAAGAGCUUCUCAAUCAACCCCUUCAGACAUCACAAGGAAAGUCAACUGGGGCAAGCAGAUUCUACCUCCCUCAACCGCAAAGCGUCCACUCGGUCUGUUAGAUCAUUCACAACAAAGUCGGACGUUCAGCGGCCUUCUCGACCAUCGAGUAGAGCGGACGAUGCGCGUCCUAUGAGCAUCUACUCAGAUGCCAGUGGGAGCAGAGACAGACGGAGAUCCGUCACGCCUUUGGCUGGCGUGUCGAUCCCCGCUAGCCAGUCGCGAGAUCGGCUCAAUGCUGCUCUUGACGGUCCUGCAACGACUGCGCCUACUGACGAUACUACCAUACGGGCUGCUGCUACUUGGGCAUCUUUGGUCGAAGAUGAAGAUCUGCUCAACAACAUCAGCUCGACAGAGAGGAUGCGACAAGAGAUCAUUACAGAGAUCGUGCAAACCGAACAGCGAUAUCUAGGAGACCUUAUGAGUAUCCAAACCAUCUAUAUUGAGCCUCUUUUGCCGCAUCUCCGUUAUAUUGCGCCAGAUGCGGAGGCCACGACUGCGCCACAAAGGCAAUCCCAAGCAGAAUCAGACUCCGGCAAUGCGUUGUGGCCUCAGAAUCUCGCAGAGUUCUACCCAAGCACGGCCGACUCCAACGGUCGCGACUCUGCAGUGGGCGAGCUACCUAUUGCAUCACUGUACUCUCGACGAUCGAGCUCGAGUCUCAGCUAUCAACAGCAAGCGUACAAGAUCAAUAUGGUCGAUCAGAUUCGCUCGUCGCUAGAUAUGCCAGAGAUCGAAAGCGAGCAUUCGUCCCCCAAGCCAGAUUCACUCAGCGGUCGCGCAUCCGAUAACCUGCCCGCAAUGAAGGGUCCUGCAGCGGCUAGCGAACGCUCAAGAGCGGUCACCAAUCCUCCGAAAAAGCUUCAGCGAACGCGCAAGAUGCAGCAAGCAACACCGAUCAUCGCAGUGCCAUCCAAUCUCGAGCAGAUAUUGACUGUCCUCAGUAACGAGCUACUACCGCGACAUGUCAAGAUUGCGGGUCUUCUCAAAGAUCGAUACUGUCAGCAGUUUCCUUUGGUCAGGUCUCUCAGCGAGAUUUACGCCCAGAACAAUGAUAUUUACGAGCACUAUGCGACGUUUACAGUUUCUUUAACAGAAGCGCUGCACGACGUUGAGGCAGCGCUGGCCUCUUUGCAGAAGACGAAAUCGCCUCUUCGUGCAUUCGGGCAACGCAUGCAAGAGCUCGAAGCAGAAGCAAAUCGUCAAGGCGAGAGCGCGUUGCGAAUUGCGCUGGCUAAGCCAUUUCAGCGCAUGCUCAAGAUGCCAAUGCUAUUCAAGAAUCUUCUGGCGCAUACAGACGAAGCGCUGCCCGAACAUGAGCAUCUAUCGACACUCUGCAACCAGAUCGACGCCGUGCUCAAAUCGAUACAAGAAGAGAAGCUCAACGCUGAAGAAGGUCUCAAGGUCUCCGAUGUGCUCGCACGCAUUGCUGGCAUCAAUGACAAAAAUCUGCUUGCGCCUUCGCCAGCGCGUGUGCUGCUUGCAGAGAUGCCUGUCGUCCCGCCCGUCGCUGUUCCCGAGUCUUUCCCCAACAUCCUGCAAUCGGCACUCUUCCGCACAGCUGACGAUGAUCGGGCUGCGCCUACGCGGCGAAUGUCUGGUCCGAAGAGUCAACAGGCUUCAGGCAAAGACAGUUGGCUUGUCGUCUUCAACGACGUCGUCAUCCGUUGCAGACGCACAGGCAGCACUCAGACUCGAAUCGGGCAUUACCAACAGAGCGGAUCUGCUUACGAAGGCCCGAAGCGUCAUACUUACCGCUUCGAGGCUGUCGAAAGCUGGACUGCCACAACGAGGCCCCAACGCGCAGUAUCGUCUUACUAUGCUCAGCAACGCAACUCUUUGCUCAGUCCUGUGCCUUCGAUGAUACCGUGUGAUCCACCUGAAGAGAAUGACGAGGUAGACGACAUGGCUGGCGAAUUAGUCAUGCCCACCCCUAAGCGCUCCUUCACCGGCCUUACGGCUACGAACCGAUCAGCAAGCGCGCCGCCAAACUCAUACGGUGUCUCAUUUCCGCAAGGCCAAAAGAGUGGCGACGACCGUUUCGAGCGUGUCAAUGCGCGCACGCAUUCAGAGCCUAUACCGAAGCCAUCGAUACAAACCGGACGACUCAAGCUGGCAACCUCGUCGCCUUAUGGCUCACCUCGUCGGCCAGUCUCUUCGCCGCAGUGGUCUGAAGAGGAGAAAAGCGCGACGCCAUCUCAUCCAGGCGCUAUGCUCGCCAACGCUUUCUACGGAAACUGAAAUCUGCAAUCAAUCUAGCAAUUCUGUAGCAUGUUGUCGUAUAAACGAUGUUCAUAUCCGCAACGGCUCUUCCCUAGACGUUGCCACUACCGAUCACAUG